AUGAAAACAGUUAUAAUUUUAGCGUUUCUGUCAUGCCUUUUGGCUUUAGCAUAUGGUGACCUAGUAUGCGGCUCUAGUUACUGCAAACAGAACCCCUGCUCUAAUAAGAUUGCAGCAUCAAGUUGCCGCUCGCCUUCCGUGUACCGCGCUAACCAUGCUGGCAAAUGUGCUUGCUGUCCCGCCUGUGUAACAUUAUUAUCUGAAGGAGCAGCUUGCAAGGUUUACAGUAAGGAGCUGGGAGAGACUCCGUCAGCUGUAUGCAAAGAACCCCUCAAGUGUCUCAGUGGCGUCUGUGUUAAAGUUGCUCCCAGAGGUUAA